CCAGCAGUGACGCCUCGACAGCUUGGUCGCUGGUCGUGGCGACUGGGCAGCUGAAGCCAUGGACACAAGCAGGCAUACGAGCUAGCAAUUCUUUUUCUCUAUGACCCUACCGUCUCUCUCUAUAUAUAAUUACUGCUAGAAAAAAAGGUACAUACAGAUACAGGCCUAAAUCCUUAACCUUGCAUGUUUUAUAUACUAUUACACUGGCCUACCCGUCGUGGUAUGGCAACAUAGAAUGUAACGGCAAAAAUAAAUAUUUUCUUAUAAAAAAUGAUCUUCAUCGUUCUAUCAAUAACCGUUACAAUCUGACUCAGGUCAAAUGACUGUAUAGAGCAGUAUCUCUUAGUAUUUUCCCUGUAUGAUAUGAAGGUGAUUACGUUGGUGUUUCUAGCAGGUUGAACGAUCCUGUAGAGGCUCUCUUCUUAGCGGAAGUUGGUUCGUAGUUAUCUGCCCCUGUUGGCACGAAUUGAUUUUUGUUCGGUGGAUUCGCAGCCAAACCUCUUUUUCAAAAACAGAAAUUCUUCAGGCUGACAACUUGGGCCUAACGGUGUGUCGCUUGGAUGUGUCCAGAUCAUCCUUAAAAGUAAUUUAGACCACAACAACCCAACGGCUCCUAAUUUUCGUGUUUGUCCUAUUCAUCUUUUUAUCUUCACAAGUAACAGAAAGCUCUAAAAGAAAAGAGGUUCUGUAAAACAAACAAAAAACAUUUAACAAUUUUAAACUAAAAGAAAAAGCAGCGAAAGAAAAGAAAAACAACGAAAAAGCAAAAAAAGAAAGAAAAACAACAAAAAUCCGAAAAAAAAAAGGAAAAGAAAAAAGUAAACCUCACAAUACAUACGACGAAGAGAAAAUAAUUUCCAGAAAUUCUAAAUUAAGUAUAAAGUAAAAGGACAUAAGAAAAUAAUUACAGAAAUAUUAUUUAUUAUUAGUUAAUAGCUAUUAAAAGUAAUACAAACCACAGAAAGAAAAGAAAGAAAGAAGGAAUACGACAUCCGUGAAAGCCAAACCAAAAAGCAGGAACGAAAGUUCUACAAGGUAGUUGAGAGAGACUAAAAGACUAAAAGAGGAAGACAGAGAGAACAAGUGCAAGAAUGGCGGAGAGCCUGGAAGCUAAGAUUGAGAAAUAUUCUCAAGAAAACGUUUUUCUGCAUAAAUACUGCAUCUUAAAGAAGAAAUGCGACACACUUCAGCAGUCAAAUGAAAGGAUAGUAAACCGCAUUCAACAUGUGAAAAAACUCAUAAAAAGAUUCAAGAAAGAAAGACGGUUUUUAUCCAAUAAACUGGACGAACAUGGUGAUAACUACAGAGAGGCAUCUGUUCCUGUUAUGUGGGAGGAAGACCAGAUAUACCUCAAUGCUAACCAAACAAAGGUAAAGAGUCCACCGGAAUCAUGUGAAGAGGAGCCUCCUUCCAGAGUUGCUAAAGGGUCGUUGGGUUUCAGUAGUCUACUAGAGACGACGGGCAAAGGUCCACUGCCCUCAGCACUUGCUAAAGUGCGUAAAAUGAAGGCUGACAAGAAAGAUGGUGUUGCUGACAGCAGCAAGAAGCACCCAUCGAAAAAUGCAUUUCUGACAUUCUAUGAGCAUCAUAAAAAUAUUGUUCAGGAUGAGUAUUUCCAGAGGACUGGUGAAGAAAUUCCACAUCAUGUACUAAUCGCAAAAGUUACAGAUAACUGGCAUAAUCUGACGCCAGAGAAGAAACAGGUAUACUAUGACAUGUAUGAAAGAGUGAAGGAACCAAUACCAAACAGCAACAAGUAUUCCAGUCAAGAAACAAAUGAAGAAUUGGUGCGUAAACAGUCUGAAGAAGCUGCUGUGGCAGCUGCGAAUCUCUUGGCCGAUGACAGCGACAUUAAUGUUAAACAGGAGAUGGAAACAUGAAAGGUGAUGCCUGAGUGAUUGCUUUGUAUGUGACUGUAGAUGGGCGAGUAUGUGUGAGGGAGUGUGUGUAUCUGUGCAUGGUUGAGGAUUGUGUUGCAAUUGAGGUGUACCCUCUACACACACACACACACACACACACACACACACACAUUCAAACAAAUUCAUAAAAAAAGUAUGCAUACAUACAUAUGUAUGUGUGUGUGUAUAUAUAUAUAUAUAUAUAUAUAUAUGCACAUACACAUAUUUUGCCUAUUUAUAUAUACAUGACUGUGUAUAUGUAUGUAAUUUUAUAUAUUUAUAUAUUCACACUAACAUGAGCACUUAUGUAUACAUACAUAUGUAUACAUACAUUGUGUAUAUAUAUUUAUGUAUAUAGUUAUGUAAGUG